AUGCACCGCCAUCCACGUUUGUCAGCCGGAAACCAACCCAGAACCUAUAUCCAGACGACGUCACUUACUAUGCAAGAGAUAUCAGUGAUUCCCAGCAGAACCUCUCUUGCGCAAGCCAAUGUAGACGGCAUCCGCAACCUCUUGAAGGCUACUCGUGAGACGGAGAACACGCGUGCCUUUAUCUACACUGGUUCACACUCUGCGUUGGAGCAAAUGCCUGUCAUAAAACAGACAGAAGAGACCGCCAAGCUCUACUCUGAGUUCAGCAAAGAUGCUAAUCCAUAUGCCAAAUCCAAGGCUAUCGCAGAUGCUGAGGUGCAGGCUGCAGACACACCAUCCGCCCUGACCACCGCUGUCAUACGCAUCCCUGAACUUUAUGGCGAAAACGACGAUAACUGUGUGGGCACACUGCUGGACACAAUCAAAAAAGGCCAACACAACGUGCAGCUUGGCGAUAACAAACCACUCUUUUGA